UGCCCAUAUCCCACAAUGUCCCUGUUGGCAGACUGGCUAUUGCGACACUCAGUGGUCAUGUGUUUGCUGCUGCACAGCCUGGUGCUAAUGACCUUUUGCUUCCACCAUGCUGCCACCAGUUGCUCCAAGAACUGCUAUUGCUCUGGGAGCGAGAGUGGCGACAAGACAGUGCGCUGCAGUAAUCUGCAGCUCACAGAGAUCCCCAAGGACAUCCCCAAUGACACCCGACGUGUCUACCUGGACUUCAACCAAUUUACUACAGUCCCAGCUAAUGCUUUUUCAGGUUUGCCCCACCUGGUUGAACUGGAUCUAUCACACAAUGAAUUAAGUCAGCUGGAACCAGGGGCAUUCAGAGGCCUGGGCUCACUACAGUUCCUAGACCUUUCUUCUAACAAGUUAGUCAAUUUUAACCCUGAGUCCUUUGAGGGCCUGCAGGCUCGCGCCAACUUAACAAACAAUCCUUGGCAUUGUGACUGCAACUUACAGAUGGCCAUGCCUCGCGUGGGCCUGGAGCCUACGUCAUUGACAGGCAUUGUGUGCCAGACUUCAGAUCCAGAGGAAAAAGGUGUUCAAGGUCUUGCCUUCCUGUUGGUGCCAGAUGUAGAUCUAUGUGUGGUGAUGAAGAGGACUACAGAUGUGGCCAUGCUGGUCGUCAUGUUUGGCUGGUUCACCAUGGUCAUCUCCUACCUGGUCUAUUAUGUCAGAGCUAAUCAGGAGGAUGCCCGCAGACACCUAGAGUAUCUCAAGUCGUUGCCCAGCAAACAGGGCAAGUCAGAGGAGUCUUCUACCAUUAGUACUGUGGUAUAG